UUCGGCUGGACAGGGAGAGCUGCCCUUCUCCUGGUGGGGUGUGUGUGCCCCGCUCCCGUCAGCGCUCUGCUUCCCCAGAGUUUCCAGGCCUUAGGUGGAAUUGUGCCACACGGAACAGGGGAGAGGCCGGGAACCCGGCGAGGAGGCCCGUCACCAUGGCAACAGAGCGGCGCGGCCCGGCCUGCUCGCGGGCGCCAGGGCCUGCGGGAGGCGGCGUUUGUCCCUCAGGAGCCGCCGUGGCCCUGAGCGGCCCCGCCGCUGCCACGGCAACCGCAACUCCCGGCGGCGGCGGCUCCUCGUCCCCGGCACGGAGCGGCGGCGCCUGGCGUGUCCCAGGGGAGCAGGGAAUGCUGUAUUACUCUAAUACAUCACCAAAAUGAGUGAAAAGGAAGCUCAAAGAGAUCCUGAUCAAAAGGAAGAUCAAGCAGAUGUGGGUGAUUCAACAGAAAAUGCAGAAUAUGAGGAUGAUUUUGAAAAAGACACUGAAUGCCUAACUGAUGAAGAAGAAAAACAAAACCUUGGUGAAAAAGAGAAUCUUGAAGAAAAGGAAGAGGAUGUUGAAGCAAAAAUUGUUAAAACUGCAGACAACUUUCAGGAAGACAAUGAAGAAAUGAAAGAAAAUCUAGAUCAGCAUUCAGAGGCAGAUGUAAAUGUGAAAGUGAUAUACUCUAAUGAAAAAUAUUUGCAAUCCGGGUCAGCUAUUGAACAGGAGGACCAUGAAUCUGAUGCUGAGAGAGAAAGCUCUAUACAAGAAUCCAGGCUGGAAAAUGAGCAGGAACUGGAUGAGGGAGACGAUGAAGAAAUAAAACGUUAUGUCUUGGAAAAGAUUGAAGAAGCCAACAAAGAGCUGGAAAAUCAGGCUCCUGUGAAUGAAAACAGAGAACGGAAAUUAAAAUUUGAGGAUGAAGUGAAUCUUCAAGCUCCUCCUCCAAGAGGUGCUGAAGUUGGUAAAACUGACCUUGCAAGAGGAGACGUUUCAGAUGGACUGUCUCAGCUGAAUAUUUCUGACGACAAGGGACAGAAAAACAAAUCACUUUCAGAACAUGCUGGCUUAGAUAUUGAAACUCAACAGACUUCAGAACUCUUCGGUUCUUUGCCUACUACCUUUCAAGCGAAAGAAAUGCCUCCAUCUGACUCUAAGCAGCAGCCAGAUUCUGCUUUGAAUGGUGCAAAAGAUCUGGGAAAACAGAAGACUGAGUCUGCAAACAUACCUGUGAAAAGCUCUACUUACAGUCUUACUCCCAGACAAAAAGAAUUAAGGAGGCAGAUAGAACUAAGGAAAGAAAGACUGAAGAGAGAGGAAGAAGAAAAGAAAAGGGAACUAGAAGAAAUGAGGAGACGACAGAGUGAAAUGGUUUUUAAAGCUUGGUUACAAAAGAAGAGAGAACAGGUACAACAAGAAAAGCGAAUUCGUCGUGCAAAACAGAUGGAAGAGCUGAGCAUCAAAGAGGUGCACAGGGAUCCAGAAGAAGCCUACCAGUUAUGGCUUAAAAAAAAGCACCAACAGUAUGUGAGAGAAAGACGGAUAGAAGUCUUGAGACGCCAAACUGAGGAAGUAGCCUUUUUUCCAAGCCCAGAGGAUUGUGACAGAGCUUUUAGAGACUGGCUGAGAAGGAAGAGAGAAGAAAAAGAAGCAGCAGAACUAGCUGCUAAAGAGAGAGCCAGGCAGCUUAGACUAGAAGCCAGAAGAGCAAGACAAAUGCGGAACAUGCACUAUUUUAAUUCAGAGCCCAAAUCCUUUUGUUUCUCAGAUUAUUACAGUUGAAAAUUUGAUGAAGCCACGGAGUUCUUGGUGACAAUCUUCUUAAUUUUUAUGACUUGAAUUUUUGUCCUUUACAGCUACUGACUUUUUGUGGUGUUUUUAAAGCUUUCAAGCAAGUUUAACAGUUACCUUCAGUGACAAUGAUUUUACUAUCUAUUUAUUUGUAAUUUAGUUGAAAAGCCUGCUUUAUUGCAUAACUCGGGGAUCUUCUUGGUUUAACCAAAUCUAAAUGAGCGCAAGAUGUAUAUAUGAUGGUGGCAAAUACACAUUCCCUUAUUUAAAAGGCACUUUAUAUUCUCCUCCAUCGUUGAUUCCUUGAUGCAGGCUACUGUGUAAAACGUUGAAUUUUUGGUGGAUUAAUAUUGCUGUUUGAUGCUGCUAGUGAUUAAGACUGUGCCAGGUGUUAUGUUGUUGGAAAAUCAUGUUUCUUGUAUCACUUCCUAUUGAUCUGUUGACCAGCUCUAGACUGGAGGACUGUGUUCUUUUAGGUUCCUGGAAAGUGGUGAUUUGAAUACUAAUGUGUAGGUGAUCAUGCAACAGGUUUUGAAACUUACUUCUGUGAGUCAAAUCCAGUAGUUUUCUAUUCAUGGAAUUAAAAGGUUGUGCAGAUUAUGACCUUUUUCCAGUAGUAAGGAAGCUACGUUCCUUAUAUAAAUGUCAAUGUUUAUUAUAAUAAAUCUACCAAACGACACCACCUUACCCAGCUAAAUUGUGAACUCUUGAUAGAGAACAUGCCAACGUCACUCAUGAAAUCAUAAAGUUAGUGAAGGAAGAAGAGCAUUCUGUCCAGCUGUAUGCCCCAACAGAUUUCAUGAUCCUGGCAUUGCUUUUAAAUUUUUCAACAUUGACAGUGUUUUCUGGGAGUGUAGUAGAUGCAAAGCAGAUUUGCUGGUAGCAUUUUUCUCGGUUAUUUUUGGAGCUACUUACAGGCACAUUGAGAGCACUGGUGUUGGACUGGAGGCUGCUCUGUUGCAGCUUUUGCCAGCACAGAGAGCAAGUACGGACACAAAAUGAAAAUAUCACAUGCUAAUGGGACACGUAAGUAACAGGUGCCUUCCUCCUUCCAGUGCCUUUCCUUGACACUAAAGGCCUGAAGAGCUUCCUGUGUCUAGCAAGCAAAUCCAGGAGGAAUGUUUGAAAGGUUCACACACACCGUCUCCCUAAUUGUAGAAAACUACAGAAGAGAUGCUUCUCUGUUCAUUGCCUCACACCAGCAGGGUGAAGGGUUUCACAGUUCAAUGUCAUGUAGUUCCAUUUAUACUACAGAGAAAACAGGGUCAGAAAUGUGACUUUAUUAAAUCCAAAACUGCAACAUGAAA